CGACCGUAUCAAUGCCCAGUUUGUCCUAAAGCCUUUGUAAGAUUAGAACACAGAACUCGUCACAUACGUACACACACUGGCGAAAAACCACAUACUUGUUCUUUUCUGAAUUGCGACAAACGAUUUUCUCGUUCCGACGAAUUAACUCGACACACUCGUAUUCAU